AUGGGGCUCAUUUCAAGUUCAGCCUCAGACAAGAAUUAUAUGACAGGAUGCAUGUCACUCUGUGACAGCAUCGACGGCAUAGUUAACGAUUCUUGCUCUGGUGUAGACUGUUGCCAGACUACUAUUCUAGAUGGAAUAAAAUAUAUUGAGAUGUGGGCUAAGAGCCCUACAAACCACUCCAAUGUGAGUGAUUUCAAUCCAUAUUGGGCAGUUGGGAAGCAGACAUACGAAGAUGCUAAGAAGAAUACUACAGGAUACGCUUUUAAGGCAAUGAAUAGUGAAUGUUCCAAUUCCAAAAACGGUCUUGCGUAUCUCUGCAACUGCUUCUUAGGCUAUCAAGGAAACCCAUAUCUAUCUAAUGGUUGCCAAGAUAUUGAUGAGUGUGAAACUCAUCACGAGUGCGCUGAUCAUGCAAAAUGUGCCAACCUUGUGGGGUCUUACACCUGUUCUUGCCCCAAGGGGUACGAAGGAGAUGGGUGGAGAAAUGGAACUAGUUGCAUUCCUAAACCAAGCAAUUCUAAGAAUAUCAUAAUUGCACUAUGUAUUAGCACAAGUCUCUUAGUCUUGCUCUUGGGAGGUUCUUCAGUACUUUUGGGAUUGAAAAGAAGGAAGUUCAGGAAACUCCAAGAAAAGUACUUCCAACAAAAUGGUGGCUUAAUGUUACAAGAACAUAUUUUGAAUCAUGGAAGGUCGAUGGAGACAACGAAAAUCUUUAGAAAUGAUGAGCUUAAAAAGGCCACUAACAAUUAUGAUGAGAGUAGAGUCCUUGGCAAAUGGGGUUAUGAAACUGUUUACAAAGGAGUAUUCUCCGAUAACAAAGUGGUUGCCAUCAAAAAGUCCAAAGCAGAAAUAACCACCUUGGUGCAAGGAACUCUUGGAUAUUUGGACCCUGAAUACUUUCCAACUGGCCAGCUAACAGGAAAAAGUGAUCUGUACAGCUUUGGUGUUGUGUUGGCAGAGCAACUGACAGGUGAAGAGGCAAUUUCUAGGAAUAGGCCUGAAAGUGAUAAAAACCUGGCAAUGUAUUUUGUUUCUGCAAUGAAAGAGGAUCGUCUACUUGACAUUCUUCAGGAUCACAUUGUCAAUGAGAGUAAUAUUGAGCAAUUAAAGGAAGUUGUUAAUCUUGCAAAAGGGUGCUUAAGGUUAAGAGGGGAGGAUAGGCCCACUAUGAUGGAAGUGGCAAUGGAACUAGAAGGAUUGAGAAUUAUGAAAAAGCUUCCAAGGGAAAAUGAUAAUCAAACCACAGAAGAAACAGAAUACUUGCCCAGUACACCUACAAUCCCUUUUAACAUUGAUAUUGGCGUUGGUUCUUCUGCAAGGUCAGUUAGUGGACAUUAUAACAUGAUAAACCAACUCUUGAAACCCCUAGAUGAUGGCCGAUAA